AUGUCUGGCAAGAACGACAAAGUCUUACAGCCAGCAUUGUUUCCAAUGGAUUAUACCAUGAAUCCAAUGUCAUCCAAUUCUGCUUCUUCAAAGCCUAAGAGGCCGUUCGACAUCAGCAACCUCAUGUCUCCUCCUGGUCCAGCUCCUUACGAGACGUUCAACCAUCGUGUCGCCGCAAUGACAGCCUCGAAGCCCAUGUCCGCCGCAACCAGGCAGCUGGGACCGAACCCGCCUAUAUCUCCUCCCAUCUCCCCUUACACCAGGGUCAGAAACUCAAUCACAAUGGACCCUCGCCUCUCCAUUUCGGACAACGACCCGAUUUUAUAUCCUGCUCCUGAAACCGCUGCUAGCCCUCCUUCCGAGCCGCUCUUCGUCCCUUCGGUUCCUUCAGCCGAGCCACUCGAUGUUCUAGUCGAUAAUCACAUUGCUUCACGACCUCAAAGCGCCACAUCGCCACCUAAGAAGGAGGAUUACAAGCUGCUGCUCUUUUUCAAGUCGGAGGUCAUGAAGAUGUGGCAGAAGGAUCCUCAGGAUUGGCUCCGCAAGGAGCGCCAGUAUAUGCGAGCUGAGAAGAACCACAGCAAAGUACGACCCGUGGUUAACAAGCUUCCAACGAUCUUGCCUGCCGCUCAACCUCCGGCUCCGGCUCCGAAACCCCAGGUGGCGAGAACCAGCAGCACUGGCCGCAUUCAGAAGCCCAGGGUCACCAAGGCACCGGCCCAAAACCCUCGGCCGAUUCGGGCAACUCCUAUGCACUCUAGGCAGACGGCACGUGUUAGCGCCACUCCUGAACCUAGAGUGCGAACAGUGGCGCCAAACAGGGAGGACAAGGAUUUCGACUCUCUUCCCGACUUCACGCCCAGCAUUUUGACCCUUCCUAACUCUCCCGGCUGUCUCAAGGUCGACUGGAAGGGUAACCCGCUCGACUUGAGCAAGGAUCCCAACAGAGCCCUUCUCCAUGACGAGGAGCUCAGCCUUGCCGCCGCCCUUCGCCUGGAUUGUGCGACUUACCUCACCAGCAAGAGGCGCAUCUUUAUGAGGCGCAUUGAUUGCGCUAAGAUUGGCAAGGAGUUCCGCAAGACGGACGCUCAGCAGGCGUGCAAGAUCGACGUCAACAAGGCAUCGAAGCUAUGGACGGCGUACGAGCGGGUCGGCUGGCUCGACCCUAAGCACAUUGAGAGGUUCCUGUAUAACUGA